CACAGCCACGGGGAGCAACUGAGACUCAGACUGAAGACUGUAAAUUGACGAAGAAGACGACACAUUCUAUUCAUCGUUCCACUCAAUCUUAUAAUAAAUCACGCUGCCUCUGAGAGAGAGAGAGAGAUGGCGUCUGUGACAACGGAAUCGUUGAUUCUGCAGCUGCACGACAUCUCGGCGGUGAAGUUCGGCAACUUCAAGCUCAAGUCCGGCAUAUCGUCGCCAAUCUACAUCGACCUUCGCCUCAUAGUUUCCUACCCCAAUCUCCUCCGCCAAAUCUCCCAAACCCUAAUCUCUACACUCCCUCCGGCCGCCGCCUACGACCUCGUCUGCGGCGUGCCCUACACCGCUCUCCCCAUUGCCACUUGUAUCUCCACCGCCUCCGGCGUCCCCAUGCUCAUGCGCCGCAAGGAAAUCAAGGAAUACGGCACCGCCAAGGCCAUCGAGGGUUGUUUUCAGCAAUCUCAGAUUUGUCUCAUCAUCGAGGACCUCGUGACCAGCGGCGCGUCCGUUCUCGAGACCGCCGCGCCGCUCCGUGCGGCGGGGUUGAGGGUCACCGACGCCGUCGUCAUGAUCGAUCGCGAGCAGGGCGGCAGGGAGAAUCUUGCCGAGAACGGCAUUACGCUGCAUUCGAUUGUCAAGUUGACUGAUAUGGUGAGGAUUUUGAAGGCCAAGGGCAGGGUCUCCGACGAGGUGGAGGCAAUGGUCUUGAAGUUUUUGGAGGAGAAUCGGAAGGUAUCCGUGCCGGCACCGCAGCCGGCCUUGCCGGUGGCUCGGGUUCGGAUUCCGUACGGGGAGAGAGCGAAGAUGGCGAAGAAUCCCACUGGGAAGAGGCUGUUUGAGGUCAUGGUGAAGAAGGAGAGCAACUUGUGCUUGGCUGCUGAUGUUGCCACUGCUUCUGAACUGCUCGAUAUCGCCGACAAGGUUGGACCAGAGAUCUGCUUAUUGAAAACCCAUGUGGAUAUAUUGCCUGAUUUUACUCCAGAGUUUGGCUCCAAACUUCGCUCAAUCGCAGAUAAACACAACUUCUUAAUAUUUGAGGAUAGGAAGUUCGCUGAUAUUGGAAACACAGUUACAAUGCAAUAUGCAGGUGGAAUCUUCCGUAUAUUGGAUUGGGCUGAUAUAGUUAAUGCUCACAUUAUCUCAGGCCCUGGAAUAGUGGAUGGUUUGAAAUUGAAGGGUUUACCUCAUGGUAGAGGCCUCCUGCUACUUGCUGAAAUGAGUUCAGCUGGUAACCUUGCGAAGGGAGAUUACACAGCUGCUGCAGUGAAAAUAGCCGAGGAUCAUUCUGAUUUCAUCAUCGGUUUCAUCUCUGUUAACCCAGCAUCAUGGCCGGGAGGACCAGGAAAUCCAUUGUUCAUUCAUGCAACUCCUGGUGUUCAAAUGGUGAAAGGUGGGGAUGACCUGGGCCAGCAAUAUAACACCCCAUAUUCUGUCAUAUCUGAAAGAGGCAGUGACAUCAUAAUCGUGGGUCGUGGAAUUAUAAAGGCAGCAAGCCCUGCAGAGACAGCUCGCGAAUAUCGGCUCCAAGGAUGGGAUGCAUACUUGGUCAAUUGCAAAUGAGACUUCAAAUUCAAUGUGCUAGGUCCUUUCCCCAAGUCUGGUUGUUAUACUGGCUAGAUUUGCACAAGAUAUGGAUGGGUUUUCUGAUGAAUUUAUAAUAAUGCAUGAUCGAGCACAUCGUUUUGGAUACUGAUUAGAAAAAUUGAGUUUUUGAUUCCAAGCUUUAUUGAACUUAAAUAUAUUUAAUUUCCA